CACCGUCACCCGAAUUGUGCAACUCAAUCCAUUGACUUUUUGAAUUGUCGACUUCGAGACUCGCAUCCGAUCCCCACAUAAUCUCAGUAAUCGUCAGACUCAUGGGGCUGACAACAUCAAUCACACCGCCAUUCGCAAGAAAUGUUUCCAAGUUCGGCAAUGCUUUGGCAUUCAGAUUGUAUUUCAGACCAUCAGGUGACCGGGUUACUAGGGGAGCGUCUUUCGCACCGCCGGGGUUGAUGAUUGCAGAGCCGGCUUCCUCAUCAGCGACGACUAAGUAUCCGUCUGUGGGGAUAAAAAGCUCUUUCGCCAAGACGACCGGAAGUCCUGCAGUCCCAGCUUUCGGAGCCUCUUUGCCGACCUUGAUGGUAAGCUUGCUCAUACCUUCGUCGUAAUCCGCUUCCCUUGCAGGUACGGGAUACUUAUUGGCAGUAGGCAGGACCAUAUCGUCAAACGCUUUGACUUUUACGACGAUGUCGUCCUUGUUCACAUACUUCGGCGUAAUCGUCAAAACAUAAGGAUACAGCUUAUCAUCACGACCU